GCUCCUACUGUAACGCAAUAUCGCAAUAUCUUUCACCGAAUAUGUGGAACGGGUUGUCCUGGCCUCAUUGAGAACCCUGUUGACGUCUGUUUCCCAACCACGCGUGGUCUAUAAUCAGCAGCGUGUCUGCUUUUCAACAUGACAUCUGAUUCUGCGACCAGGUCAUUUUCGCGCCCAGCUCAUCUCGAUCCAAGCGAGCUGGGGACAAAGGAGUAUUGGGACAACUACUACCAAAAUGACCUGGACAACCAAGAAUCCUCAGACAAUGAAGGCAGCCAGGACGGCGAGGAUAACGACCAGGAUGACGCACCCAAGAAUGAGGAUGACAAUCAACUCGACCCAUCAGAUCUGGAAUCAUGGUUCGACGAUGUCGGCGCGCCGGCCAAAACUCUUGCCUUCUUGACAUCGACUUCCUUCCCCCUGUCUCCGAACUACGACGAGCGAGCAGCUCAAACUCCAGCAGACACCCACGAGAGCGACGACCACCUCACAACGCGACACCCACGCUGCCAGCCUACGGUGCUCGACCUAGGGACGGGGAAUGGCAGCGCCUUAUUUUCGCUACGGCUGCACGGUGGGUAUCAGGGCCGGAUGGUGGGAGUGGACUAUUCGAAACAGAGCAUCGAGCUGGCAGCGAGGCUGUGGCGCCAACUAUCAGCGAACGAGCCCUCCUCGUCAACCUCGGCUGUACGGCAGUCGCAUAGCGGCGACGAAGGCGUCGUCCAUGCCGCAUCCGACAGUGGUAAUUUGACUUUUGAGCUCUUAGAUCUGAUACAAGACGACCCUGAAUCGCAGCCAUGGUGGCCGCGCGAUCAACAGGGCAGUGACCAAGGUACUACUACUGGCUUCGACCUCGUUCUCGACAAAGGCACGUUCGAUGCAAUCUCAUUAUCAUCGGCUGUUACCACCGAUCCGCUCUCCAACACUGAACGACGUGUGUGUGAGCUGUAUCCCGCCAAGGUUGCCAACAUGGUGAGACCUGGUGGGUUUCUUCUCGUCACGAGUUGUAAUUGGACCGAGGACGAGGUGGUUAGGUGGUUCACCGACGAUCAACUACGAGGUGGGCCUACACUCGAGGUCUAUCAUCGCAUCCGGUAUCCUGUGUUUGAGUUUGGUGGCCAAAAGGGACAGGGCGUCGCGAGUAUUUGUUUCAGAAGAAAAGGGAUAUCGGGAAAUGCGACAAAGGCAUCAUCAAUCAUUGACUCAUAAACAUGUAUAGUGUCAUCCCUAGGCAUCA